CUCUGAGUGCUCGCAACAGUGAAGUGGAUAUCGGUCUGAGGAGAGUCAGGGAGCUCUGCAAGGCAUUUUUCAUCUGCUGUGAAACAACAAGGAGAAAAACACAUCACAAUGGCUGGACUCAAGUACAUGAGCGGUUUUGGGAACGAGUUCUCCUCUGAAGACCCCCGUUGUCCUGGAUCCUUACCUGAGGGACAGAACAACCCUCAGGUCUGCCCGUACGGCCUCUAUGCUGAGCAGCUCUCCGGCUCCGCCUUCACCUGCCCGCGUACGACCAAUAAGAGAAGCUGGUUUUAUCGGAUCCUUCCAUCUGUUAAGCAUAAGCCUUUCUCACCCAUGCCAUGUGGCGCUCUAACAGAGAGCUGGGAUGAAGUGGAGCCUGAUCCUAACCAGCUACGAUGGCUGCCGUUCACCAUCCCCAAAUCAACAGAGAAGAAGGUGGACUUUGUGGCUGGUCUUCAUACCAUCUGCGGUGCAGGAGACACCAGAUCCCGCAAUGGCAUUGGCAUCCACGUGUACACCUGCAACGCCUCCAUGGUUGACAAGUGCUUCAACAACUCAGAUGGGGACUUGAUGAUUGUACCUCAGCAGGGAGAGAUCUUGAUCACCACAGAGUUUGGAAAAAUGAUGGUUGAGCCCAACGAGAUCUGUGUUGUCCAGCAAGGGAUGCGCUUCAGUGUGGAUGUGUUUGGAGCAACCAGAGGAUAUGUUCUUGAAGUGUACGGAGCCCAUUUUGAGCUCCCUGACCUGGGACCUAUAGGAGCCAAUGGUUUGGCCAACCCCAGGGACUUUCUGUGUCCAGUGGCCUGGUACGACGAUCGGAAAGUGUCCACAGGCUACACCGUCAUCAACAAGUACCAAGGAAAACUGUUCGCCUGCCAACAGGACUUCUCCCCAUUCAAUGUGGUUGCCUGGCAUGGGAACUACACACCCUACAAAUACAACCUGAAGAACUUCAUGGCCAUCAACUGUGUGGCCUUCGACCAUGCGGAUCCAUCCAUCUUUACUGUGCUGACUGCCAAAUCCACAAAACCCGGGGUGGCCAUUGCUGAUUUCGUCAUCUUCCCCCCACGGUGGGGUGUAGCCGACCACACCUUCCGGCCACCGUACUACCACCGUAACUGCAUGAGUGAAUUCAUGGGUCUGAUCAAAGGCCAUUAUGAAGCCAAAGAGGAGGGUUUCCAGCCAGGAGGAGGCAGCCUCCACAGCAUAAUGACCCCACACGGCCCAGAUACGGACUGCUUUGAGAAGAACAGCACAGCCGCACUCAAACCUGAACGGGUUGCUGAGGGAACCAUGGCUUUCAUGUUCGAGUCGUCCUUCAGCAUGGCCGUCACCAAGUGGGGUCUAGAAACGUGCCAGAAACUCGACAAAAACUACUACAAGUGUUGGGAAACUCUCCGCACCCACUUUGACCCCGACUGGAAACCCAGCAAGCAGUGAAAAGAAGAAAGAAAAAAAAAGGGGGGGGACCUAGACCAAAUUACCAAAACAAGCGUUUUUAUUAUGGAAAUAUGUGACAACUGGCAACCAAAUGUCUGCAGGGCAGGGAUUUAUUCGAUUAGGACUGUUUAUAGAAUUAAAUUACACCACUAUCAACAACUACCGGUAUGCUCAGAAUUGCACAAUAAAUAUUGUACCACUGUGCAUUUCUUUAAGAAAUAAGAUGUCCCACUCUUCCAAAUAAAGCUUUAAAUUUCAUGAAGAUAUAAA